AUGGGAGCAGCACUCAAGCGGCUUUUUCCAGGUCCUGUCUUCCUGCCGUCCGGAGGCACUGAACUCGAGUACAUUGUGUGGAUGCUCGAGUGGUGUGCUCGCGCCAAUCAAUGCACGUGCAAGAAAAGGGCUGGCGAAACGAUUGUCGCGAUGGCCCUCCACUCUCGAGUCUCCGGGGACCCGCACAGGCAGUUUGCGGGUAGUCUACCGUUACAGGCGUCUUCACAAUCUGCGCAGAUGCAGCUACAUUACCCAAGAGCUGUAACCAUCGACAAACGACGAGAGGAGCUUCGAGCUCAGGAUGCAACGCAUGAUGCGCAGGCAGAACUGGCCAAACUGGACGACGAUCGUAUCGCCAAGGACACGGAGCUUCAGUCACUUGCAAAACCGAAGCGUAGACGGCUGCCGAGGCAACCACGACCCGUCUCUCCAUCAAUUACAGCAGCUACGAAGCCAUCAACCGCGCGCAGAGCGCGGCGGGCUGCGGCGGAAGACGACAGCUCAUCGGACUCGGACUCCCAGCAAGCGUCGAACAUUGGGCACGAGGCGGACGAGAGUGGUUAUGACUCUGACGACAAUGAGCGAGUGUUACAAGUCACACGCACUGACUCCCAGAGUGACGGGGAGGUUCACUUUGCGCUGAAGGCGCUGGAGACGCGAGAAAUCGCGGAUAACAUCCGCCCUCGCCCUUUCCGCGCAGCCCGCCGGCUUGGAAUUGACGCCUUGGGCGACAUUAACAACCCUGUGAACAAAAGGGUACGCCUCGACACCGAAGCCCACGCUGUGGAGCCGCCGCCGAUGACCGUCAACUUGACCGAGCUGCUAAGGCACCAGAUGUUUGUUCCUGCCUCUUCUUGCCCUAAUCCUUGUUAA